UCCCUCUUUCACAGAGUUUUCAGCUGCCUUUCCCAUUCUUGCGAUUUCUAAAUUCCUCGCUGAUUCCUAUUGAUUUUUUUUGGGUUAUUUCUCUGUUUCUGAAACCUUUCAUAAUUCAGGGUUUGAUUUGCACAGCAAAUGCAUCAUGGGGUUAUCAGGGGUCCACCAUCGUUUCUCAGUUGCGGCCUGGGUUUUAUGAUCCGAGGAAGGCUCUUUUUCAGGCAUUGGACUUGGUCCUUUUUCAAGGAUCAAGUAAAUUAGUAGAUUUAUAUAUUUUCGUUUUACAAAGAUUGCAACUUUAUUUUAUUCACUCCUCGUGGGUAAAAACCAUUAUUAUUAUUCUCGGUUAUCGAGAUCUUGAGGUCUUUUGAUUACAAUGGGGAAAAACAAGCCAUCCUUGGAUGCCUGCUCCCUUCAACCCUCUGCCGACUCAAACAAUGUCUACACUUUGGUCACCAACACCAAAUCCAGGGAGAGUCAUCUCCUUCCAGUUCCAGAUUUCAUCGGUGAAAGCACGAGAGAUGGUCCGGAACCGGAAGAUGCGCACUCUGUAUUGUAUUUUAAAGCUUCUGAUUUGUUGGAUGGUCAUGGUCAUGGUCACGGGGUUUCUCUUGAUUAUCAAAGUGACGAGAUUACAUCAAGAUUGGCACCCUCCAUAGAUCACUCUGACGUUGCCUCUCCUACUACAUUAAUGGAGAUUCCCCAGCUUUCACACGAUGACAGUAUCUUGGCUAUGCUCGAUAUUUUCACAGAAGAUAGCACGAUGAUGAUAGUCGGUGAGAAAAGGGAAGAUGGCCCUCUGCUGGUUUCACUUGCUGAUGAAAAGGAUAAUGACAUCUUCUCCUUGUUGCAGAACUUCAUAUAGAAUCAUAGUUUGUUUUUAAGGAAAUUAAUAGCAAUGGAUCUUGUUGUUAGUAUUCAUUCGUACAUUUUAGAAUUAUGAGAGAUUUUUCCCUCUGUAUUUGUUUCAAAGUUGUUUCAUACAUUUCGUUUGGAGUAAAUUUUUUUAUAGGAACAUCAAAGUGGGUCUAUUUCAUUA